GCCUCGUAAAACUUUACGAACAGCUGUGACUCGCAAAUCUCAUGACGCAACAAUGACCUUUCCUUGUGAGAGCCAAAAACAUUACAACGACCAUUUCGUUGAACUAGUGAAAUUCAUAACGUGAUAUUGACUUUAUCUUGUAAAAAUUGAAAUUUAGUGCGCGCAUGUGAUUCCUGCAGGUCAUCGUGAAACUCAUAUUACAACCAUGACUUGUACCUUCAAACUUCACAGUUUAAAUUCCGGUUCAACAACGAUUUGGUAAUGAAAUUACCACUGCAGGUAAUUACCACUGCUCUUCUAUUGGAAAUUGUACUGCAGGAUAAAUCCUCCAAUAGAAGCCUUACAAUAGACGUUCAAUAAAAUUAUGAUUAUUUCAUGAGACUAAAAUCUCUUCUUGCAGAAAUAAACCAAACUAAUGACAAAAAACGACUAUACAUGCAAUCAUGAUUCUGUCAAUUUUCCACGCUUUUGGCUUUCCACGGCAAGCAUGAACUCUUUAUGUACAACUUUUCGUUACUUAAGUCAUAUUGCGCAUUUGUUUAGAAAUUUGAGUUAUCGAUUGUAAUCUUUUUCAUUCAGUCGUUAGAUCAGAGCUUCACUUGACUCUCAACUAUAACGAUGCAAGAAAGCAGCUGAGAAAGGCAAGCAAUCUUCGGCAUGACCAAUUCUAGAAACCUGUUCAUUUCCGACAAAUUCCAGUUCUGCGAUAACUCGUGCUUAGUUCCUCCAUCGGCCGAAGCGAAUGCAGUCUCGGAGAAACUUGAGCCAUUCCAGAUGUCAUCACACGGACUCAGUCUAUCGCAAUAUAUCCGAAAAUUUACCGUUAUCUCUUCAAUUUUUUCCGUCAAAUCUGUCAGGAAGACACGUCUUUUCGUCGGCACUCGAACUUGCCUCGUUGUAGUCUUGGUAAUUUGUAUGUGCUGGUCGUUGGAAAACGUCGAUGGCUUCGUCUUGAGUCCUGUAGAGCCGGCAGCGCUUGUGGCCUCGAGGGCCCUCAAGGGCGCACCGAAAUGCGUGGGUGGUGCACGCCACGGCCGCGUCAGGGGAGAUGUUGGAGCGCUGCUCAAUCAUCACAACCAGGGUCUUGCCUCAGGAUAUCAAGAGCCGGUAAAAGACAGGAAGAAAAGAUACUUGGCCUUUCCCGACGAUUCGACACUGACGUUCAAAGUUGCUUUCUCAAUUCCAGUUGGUAGCAUGUACAACGGAAACAAGUUGCUGGAGAAGUACAUAGAGUACGCAUUCAUCAUACAGUUACCGACAGAGAAGUUGAUAUUCACGGGGCUCCAUGACGUGUUCCAUUACCCUGGCAAAGCCAAAGGCCCGCACGACAAAGGCUACGGGACACCUCGCCCGGAAACAGUGCUGCUCCACGGGUCCGAGGGCGCAACAUACGGACGACCAAACUCACACACGAGAAUAAUUGCGGAUUAUGGAAAACCGGAUGAACAAAAGCAGGAUUCCGGCACGAGUUCUUACAGCAAAUUGCAGAAAGACUUGUUAGGUUCAACACUGAGUGACUACGAGCUGCAAGUGAACUCAUUACUCCAUCCUGAUCUGACAUCACUAAGUGAAAACGCAACGCAGCUUCAUGAAUAUCAUGCAGCAACUUUUCAUGAAUCAGACCUGGGUCUUCUACCUGAGAAUAUUACGUUGAGUCACAAUGAAUAUGAAGAGGAUUUGGAUGAUUGGAUGCAACCACAUGGAAGUCAACAAAAUCUUCACGAUGUCAUCAUGUCACCGCUUGACCACCAGAGGCUGCUUGGCUUCAAGUCCAUCGAAAAAACUUUCGACGGGGCGGGUCUGCCGGGGCGGUGGUGUCUCCUGAAGGCUGUGUGUGCCGUGGCUGCCGAGCCUCUGUCAGAGUUCGGGCUGCUGGGGGAGAUGCUGAACCUGUUCCUGGCAGCUGGAUACGGAGAUGGAUCUCCAGCGCUGGUGGAGUAUAUGAUUGCCGAGGAGAUCGGUUACAUGGAUGGAUCCUGCGACCGGCACUUCCAGGCGUGCCCGGUGGAUCUGGUGGAUCUGCUUGCGUCUGGAGCGUCAGUCCUUGGCGGAGGAUUGUCAUCUGCUGCUGCGUAGAUGCAUUUUAAUAUUUUAAUUUAGUUUAUGGCUUGUGAUGACUGAAGCACUUCCCGGUGGAUCUCGUGGAUAAGAAAAUCUGGUGGACAGGUGGAUCUGGUGGACAGGUGGAUCUGGUGGACAGGUGGAUCUGGUGAA